AUGAAGGCGCAUAUGCUUAUAGGUGUGCUGGUCAUGGUGGGCUGCUCAAUAGGGAAGGCUCCCGUUCCUGAAGUCCGGACCUGUCACCUCUGUCUCUUAGAAGACCCUUCCUUGGGCUGCAUUUCAGGCUCGGAGAAGUGCACCAUCAGCAGUCGGUCCCCGUGCAUGGUGAUCACCAUUUACUACAAUACCUAUAUUCGCUUCUUCAUCCGAGGCUGUGGACAGUACCAUUCUUACCGCUGCCAAGAAACACACAACACCUACUUCCCACAGUACUGGUACAGGGCCCAGUGCUGCCAGUAUGAUUACUGCAACUCCUGGUCCAGCCCCCAGCUCCAGAGCUCCCUGCCUGAGCCCCAAGGCAAGACCCUGGCCCUGCCUCUUUCUGACCCCCAGCUCCAGCGGUUCUACCAGGCCCUGAACCUCUCACUACCCCUCCCCAGCUUCCAUGCUGAGAGGGAACCUGAAUACCUGGAUCCCCUGAUCACCCUGCCCCUGAGACUGGGCUUGUCUAUUGCCGACCUGCGCCACAUUUACCUGUUCCUCAACAGCUCAGGACUUUUGGUUCUUCCCCGGGCUGGACCCUGA